AGAAGGAGAAGCAGCAGACGAGACCAAAAGGCGAAGGCAGACACACACACACACGCGCACACACACACACACAUAAGGCGAGAAGGAGAAAUGCCAAAUUUCGCAGGCACCUGGAAGAUGAAAAGCAGCGAGAAUUUUGACGAGUUGCUGAAAGCACUAGGUGUGAAUGCCAUGCUGAGGAAGGUGGCAGUGGCGGCUGCUUCCAAGCCUCACGUGGAGAUCAGACAGAGUGGCGAACAAUUCUACAUCAAGACUUCCACCACCGUCCGCACCACAGAGAUCAACUUCCACGUCGGCGAGGAGUUUAAUGAGGAGACAGUGGAUGGAAGAAAGUGUAAGAGUCUGGCCACUUGGGAGACAGAAAACAAAAUGUACUGCAACCAGACUCUACUGAGCGGCAACGGGCCCAAAACCUUCUGGACCAGAGAACUCAGAGGGGAUGAACUUAUAUUGACCUUUGGAGCUGACGACGUUGUGUGCACAAGGAUCUACGUACGAGCAUAGGAGAAAUCCAAGCGGACAUUUUCAGCAACUGUCCUCUCUCAUUCACAAAGUGCAUCAACACAUUUCAGCACCCUGUCUUGUAUUGUCUUAUAUCCCCAUAAAACACACCAUGAUCUGGAUAUGUGUCUUUUCUUUUCUAUUCCCAUUCCCUGCACUGUGCAUCAAACAAUGUGGUAUGACUGUAUGUUUUAUCUGUUUGUUUGAGCUAAAUUAGCUGUAUUUCACACGGGACCAUGCCAGUGUUUCCCCAUACAGAAAUAAAUGACUAAUUUACUACUCGUUCCACUUGCACAAUGGGACUGUCUGCGAAUGUAGCUUGUCCUUACAACUCCGUACAGUGGAUGGCAUCGUAACUCUGCUUCUGAGCAGAGAGA